AGCACAACGUCCAUCAACGAAGUGAAAGACGGCACCUUGGACUAACCCUUAGGGUUACUACACUUUGUAUCCCUCUUAUCCGUACACCGUUUCUCCUCCUAGUUCACAAGUUUCGUAAAGAUCCAUCUACCUUCGUCCAUCGUUCAAACGUUGCAUCGAAUUCUUCGCUUCCAAGACGAUAAUAAUAUACCAGACUGAAAGCAGCGCUUGAACCUGAUCAGUAUGCAGGCCAUUAAAUGUGUGGUUGUAGGGGACGGUGCUGUUGGAAAGACAUGUCUCCUCAUUUCUUACACGACCAACGCCUUCCCAGGUGAAUAUAUCCCAACAGUCUUUGAUAACUAUUCUGCAAACGUUAUGGUGGACGGCAAAACCAUCUCUCUCGGUCUUUGGGAUACGGCCGGACAGGAAGAUUACGACCGACUUCGACCUUUGUCUUAUCCACAGACGGACGUAUUCUUAAUCUGUUUCUCCCUGGUUAGCCCCCCAAGUUAUGAGAACGUUCGGACCAAGUGGUAUCCCGAAAUAUCUCAUCAUGCUCCCCAGACGUCUAUUGUUCUCGUUGGCACGAAGCUUGAUCUACGUGAAGACCCAGCUACCAUUGAGAAGCUGAGAGACCGGUACGUCAAUAGCAAUACGAAGGUGUUAGGGUUGACGGACAUGCGUUCCCAGGCGUAUGGCACCUAUUCAGUACUCACAGGGUGUUGCGAUGGCCAAAGAUAUCAACGCCGUCAAAUACCUAGAAUGCUCUGCACUGACUCAAAAGGGUCUGAAGACUGUGUUUGACGAAGCGAUCCGGGCGGUUUUGCACCCACCCGUACGAGGUGGAGAGAAAAAGAAGAAGACUGGCUGCAUUAUCGCAUGAAGUCCUGAUAAAGCUGUCAAGACGGAUGCAAACUCGAGAGAGAGGGAAAGUGGUUGUACUACCCCCACUAUUAUAUCACGCCAUUUAUAUUUUUGCUCGACUGUUGAUGACCUGUCAUGUUCACUCCCCCGAACCACGUCUCUUUUUUUCUUUCUCAACAUUCAUACAGACGGAUUUGCAAGAGACAGUAUCCUACUUUUUCUCCCCAUAGGCCGCUAAAUAUACUGUGUUUGCUACAAAAGUGUACUCUAUUGGUGUGACAACGGAAGCGCCAUCAUGAUAUGGG